AUGUUGCUAAUACAGCUUCUUGUAUGCAGCUAUUUCGGCACAAGCAACGCAUUUCUGACACCACCACCAAAUGGUCCUCCAAGUCAGCUAAAUCUGAAUUUUGGUGACAAUGAUGACGGGGCUCAUUCGGCUUCUAUGCCCAUCAUUUAUAACAAAGACGAUGGCUUUCGGAAUGGCUUUGAUGAGGAAGAUGCCGAGAAUCCCUCGGACCAUACGCAGUCCAAAUCGAGCGAAGCUUCGGAUUCUUUACGAGGAGGUGCUGGUGGUGGUUCGUCAGCAUCAUCGAAUGGAGUUGUGAGAGGAGCUCAAGUAACGUCCGCGAGGGUCACCAACUUUUGGAGCUCAGCUUGGCAAAAUUUCUCAUCUAAAGUAUCACAAGUCUUCAAAUCGAAAGAGACGAAGAAAGAAGAAGAGCUCAUGGAACAGUUGAGGACGAUGCCUGUUCAAGCCGUCAGCCUUCCAAAGGAUUCCGUAGUUCCGGACGAAGUCGCGAGAAUGGCAGUUAAGCGAUCUGGACAAUUGGGACAACCAUUGCGAACGGAUCGUGUUCAAGAAAUUGCAAAAGGUAUCAAGCGGUGGUACAAUAGCAAAGGAUAUGUCCUCCACUCGGUUACAGGAGCAACCUUAAAGCCCGAAACGGCCACAGCCAUUAUCACUGUGGAAGAACCAAAGGUAUCACAGAUCCCAGUCGAUAUUACAGUGUGUAAAGAAAUGAUUGUCGAUGAUGAGACUGGCGAAAUCAUGACCUUCAAACAGUAUCGAAGAAAGGAAGCUGCCCGCAAAUCCUUUCGUUAUGAUCGCAUUGAAAAGAGCGAUCUCAAUACGACCUUUGUCAUAACCCAGGGACGAACCAGUGCCAAAAAGAUUUCCCAAGCCAUGAAUUUGAAAUCUGGAAAACCGUUCAAAUGGGACAACGGAAGAUGGCAACGAAUUCUAUCUAGUGGUGUUUUCGGCAAAGUCUUAAAUGCUGGACCUGCACGUACCAGGGACGGCAAUGUUUGCUUGCAAGUCCUUGCCACCGAACCCCCACCGCGGCAUUUGGAAUAUGGUCUGGGUAAGUCGUUGUACACAGGAACUUGGGAAGGAGAGAUUGACUUUGAACAUCAAAAUCUAUUUGGCGGAGGCGAGACAGUUGGUUUGGUAGUUCGACGAGGCACCACAGAUGCAGCUCCUAGUAUCCGAAUUCAAUACAAAGACGACAAAUUUGGUUUGGAAGGAGGACAUGAGAUGGAAGUUUUCACUGACUACAUCGGGGAUAGCGCAGAAGAUACUUCAUCGAAAGCCACUACCUCGUCAGAUGGUUCCGACAGUGCCGAUGACAAGUUUGUCGACUAUGAGCACGAUGACCUCUUUAAUCGGCGCGGGGCAACCUUCCGAUUGAAGAACCCUAUCGAUCCUGGUUAUGUUCGCAACAGUUUGGCCAGUAUCAGUGCGGAACGAACAUCCACUCGAACCGGGCUUCAUGAAAACUUGGCCAGUACCAGUUUGACCCUGGGGCCUUUUCGACAAAGCCUUCCCAUGUAUGCAAGGUCUAGCUUUUCUACAACUCUAACGGGCGGAACCAGGCUCGGUGAAGCAGAUGGCGAGAACGAAGGCAUAUUUGGGUACGAAAUGCUCCCAUAUUCUCAAGGAUCUGUCACAUCUCGACAGAUAUUGCCGUUGCUGUCAAUAACCAAAGGUGACUCCCGCAAACCAAUCUCAUUGGCUUUGCAGCACAUUGUCGCUACUGCAACACCCAAUCUUCCCCGGCACGAAGCCAAGGCCAUGGGCAUUUCAGCACAGAUUCGUGGAGUCAAGCCUGACGGUGGCGCUACCUCCACAGUCAAGGGAACUGCAGAAUUGCGCAUCCCCUUUGAGUUGCCCAAGAUUGGUGGCGAUGCAACCAUGCUCUUUUUUGGUGACUGGUUCUAUGUCCAAAAGGAUCACUCGAGUCCAUUCUACUCAAAGUCCAGUAUUGGAGUUGGUUUGCGCAAGAAUGUUCAAGGCCUGCCUUUGAAGUAUGACGUAUCGUAUACAAGUGAGGGCGAUAUCAAGCAGUUUUUCGGUCUUGGAAUGGACUUUGAUGCAUAG